CGCGUCGAUUUUGGUAGGUCCUUUUGUUUUUGAUUGUGAAUUUUGCCUUUUCUCACUGCGACUUUUACAGAUCCUCUUCUUCACUUCACACUCUCUGGUUCUUGCACUGUUUUGCGACGACGUGACACAGCAACUCUAACCUAAAUCCAGAAUAUGUAGCAAUCUCGGUCCACUCAAAGUCACUCAUUACAACACAGUGGAGCUUUGUUAAUCUCUUCCACCUACUGUGAGUGGUUGUUACUUGUUGGUUGUCGUGCCUCUUGUUUUUCUUAAAGAAAUCUGAUGGGUUCAAGAUACCCAUCCCAUCAGCUCAGUAAUGGCCUUUUUGUAUCGGGCCGCCCUGAGCAGCCAAAAGAAAGGACUCCAACAAUGAGCUCAACUGCUAUGCCUUACACUGGUGGGGAUAUUAAGAAGUCUGGAGAACUGGGAAAAAUGUUCGAUAUUCCCACUGAUGGUUCUAAGUCUAGGAAAUCUGGUCCUCUUACUGGUGCACCUUCAAGAAGUGGAUCUUUUGGUGGCACUGGUUCACAGUCAGGGUCAAUGAUGCCUAAUGCUGCUCCUCGUGCUGGCUAUACGUCUGGUCCUUUAUCAUCUGGAGGCUUGUCAACUGCGUCAUUGAAGAAGUCAAAUUCUGGGCCGCUGAAUAAACAUGGGGAGCCCAUAAAGAAGACAUCUGGCCCUCAAUCUGGUGGAGUGAGUCAGCAAAACUCUGGCAAUAUGCUUCGUGUUUUAGCUGGAACUGGUCUCAUUACAUCUGGGCCUGUUUCGUCAGGGCCUCUGAAUUCAUCUGGGGCCCCUCGAAAGAUAUCUGGUCCUUUAGAUUCAACCACGUCGUUCAAAAAUAAGGGGUCAUCUAUUGCUCAAAACGCAGCUGUGACUACUAUUAGUCAAGACGAUGACUAUUCUUUCUGGAGAAACUUCCCAAAGCGAAUAUUGUGGUUUGUAAUUCUGAUAUUUCUGAUGGGGUUUGUUGCCAGUGUUUUUAUUAUUGGAGCUCUCCACAAUGCUAUUCUCCUCAUUGUUGUUGUGGUUCUUUUCAGCACAGUUGCUUCAAUAUUCAUGUGGAAUGCAUGUCGAGGGGAAAGGGCUAGAAUAAAUUCUAUUGCUCGUUAUUCUGAUGUUGAUCUCAGAACAACAAAAACUGGACAAUUUGUGAAGGUCUCUGGGGUGGUCACGUGUGGUAACGUUCCCCUUGAAUCAUCCUUCCAAAGAGUUCCUAGAUGCGUCUAUACGUCUACAAGGUUGUUCGAGUAUCGAGGAUUGGGUUCAAAACCUGCCAAUCCUUCACAUGGUCAUUUUACAUGGGGGUUGAGAUCAUCAGAGAGGCAUGUCGCCGACUUCUACAUUUCGGAUUUCCAAUCUGGAUUGAGAGCAUUGGUCAAGACUGGCAAUGGGGCAACAGUUACUCCUUUUGUAGAUGACUCCUUUGUUGUUGAUCUCAACCCAGCGAACAAAGAAUUGUCUCCUGAAUUCAUGAGGUGGUUGGGUGAGAAAAAUCUUUCAAGUGAUGAUCGUGUAAUGCGUUUAAAAGAAGGGUACAUUAAGGAAGGAAGUACAGUUAGUGUGAUGGGAGUUAUUCAGAGAAAUGAAAAUGUGCUAAUGAUUGUACCUCCACCUGAGCCGUUUGCGACUGGAUGCCAAUGGACCAAAUGUAUCCUUCCGACUAGGCUUGAUGGAAUUGUUUUGAGAUGUGAAGAUACAUCAAAUGAAGACGUCAUACCUGUGUAGUAAGUGACAGGAAAAUUGAGUACUGCUAAUGGUGAUAGAGGCUAUGGCGGUGGUUUCUGUUAAUUUUUUUUUAUUUUUUUUAUAUUACGCUCUUUGUCUUAACUCAAUUUGGUGUAUAGUUUUCAAGAAUGCUUAAGCAUUAUUAUAAAAGCUUUUAUAAUGGGGUUGGUCUAUACAUGUAUUGUAACUGAAGAAUAUUGAUAUUUGUGCAGUUUGAGGUUAUGGAAGCAGAAAGUUUUCUUUA